UGUCGUCACAGCCAGCUCCACAACCCGGAAGUGAUUGGCUCAACACCUUUGCACGAAACCCGAACUACAUUUUCGUCCUUCCCACAGAUUUGGUGCUGAGCAGCGUGUGAUGUGAUGAAAUGAAGAUAGAUGAGAAGGUGGUUUCCUAUUUGGAAUCAAGCAACUCACCAGUGGACAAAGAAGGCUAUCUCUACAAGAAGGGUGACAUCAGGCCUUCCUAUCACAAGCGUUGGUUUGUUCUGAAGGGGAACCUCCUCUUCUACAAGGACCACCCGGAUGACCGUGACCUCAUCGGAGUCAUUGUUCUGGAGGGCUGCACCGUCCAGCUGUGCGAGUCCGAGGAGCAGUUUGCCUUUUCGUUGGUGUGGAGCGAGCCAGGCCUGCGCCCUUACAAGUUUGCCGCCGAGGACCAGGCCAGCCAGGAGAGCUGGAUCAAAGCCCUCCUCUCGGCCAACCACGGCUACUUGUCUCUGCUAGUGAUGGACCUGGAGAAGAAGUACAAAGAAACAUUAGCGGCUUUGUUCAGUGACCCAGCGAACGGUGCCGCCGCCGCCCCGAAUGUGGGCCGUGAAUUGAGCCCACACUUGCCCACGUUAACCCGGCAUCCGGCUGGAGCUUUGGCCGCAGGCCCCAGCGCGAGCUUCAUCCCGACACUGCAAACUCCGGCCGUUCCCCUCAAAUCCACCGUGAAGAGGUCGCCCAAACUGUGGCCCAAGAGGACUGCAAACGUGACGCCGAUUAGCGGGCCAGCCCCGCCCGCGGGGGACUGGUCGGCGGUGUGUUCGGGCACCCGGGAGGAAUUCAGCAAAUUGCACGCUGAUUUUGGAAAGGAAGUCAAGGACCUGAUUGCGGAUUGGUCAAGAAGCGGACGAGCGGGCCCAGUGGCAUUCCAGGAAAACUUAAUCGAUUUGAGUAGUUUUGAGUAAAUUGGUCCAUUUUCCAAAUCUCAUUUCAAAAAAAUGUGCUUUCAAUGCAGUAUUACCAAUCCAUAACAUGAAAUUUAAAUCAAGAAUUUUUUAAAAUCAUGUUUGUUUGGACACUUCAACCCCAAAUCUGGAUGGAGAAGCCCCAAAGUCCAAAGAAAAUUGCCUCGUUCUCCUUGCCGAGGGCGCUGAGCGACGGCCCGAGCCGAGAUGCGUUUCUUGUUUCCGUAGCGAACGUUCAAAGAUGUGAAACAUGAAUGGCCGAACGAUAAACACAAAAUACAAUUCCAUAAGUGAAAGUAAAGAAUGUUUACCUUUGA